AUGCUUGCUUUGGGUGUGUGGACUGUGUGGUGGCUCUCGCUUGUCUCCGGGGCCGUGGUGGGCCGGCGCAUGGACCUCGACGGCGUCAGCCCCAUCAACAGCGUAUUCAACCUAUUCUUCCCCGUCAACGCUGUCAUCGAGUUCAACGUGACGGCCGACGCCACCCCCUUCCACGUGAUCGGCCGCUACGCCCUGUUCAGUGCCCUCUUGGCCGGCCCGCUCCGCACCGAGUUUAUCGUGCUUGACCCCGCCGUCGACGCCUGCGCUCCGAUCCCGGACCCGGACGACAACUACGCCAACCGGACGGUGGUGGUGCUUCGGGGCAAAUGCACCUUCGUCGAGAAAAUCCGCCACGUCCUCGCGCUAUCGCCGCUGGGGGUGAUUGUCGCCAAUAACGACCCCGUGGGCGGGCUCAUCACCAUGUACUCGAACACCUUCAAUUUGGACGGGUCGGUGAAAGUGCCGAUCUUGUUUAUUGCUCACGACGACUACUUGGAGAUGAAAGAGGCCGGAACCGCGGUCGCCGAGAUCGCCACGGCGCUGGUGAGCAACUGGUUUGCCCUCCUCUUGCUGAUGGUGCUUCUGCCACCGCUAUUGGUGAUCUUGUUCUACUUGGCCGUGGUGCUCGGCCAGCGCUUGCGUCAUCGGAGAAUUAACCGCCGCAACAUGAAGGCAGUGAAGAGUUUACCGGUGUACAUCUACAAUGUCAGCCAUAUGGUGAAUGCGCGUCAUUUUAGGCAUUAUCUCAGUGUUACCAAGCAGAAACCAGGCACGUCAGUGCCGUUGCCGCUGCUGGAAGUGUCUUUGGUGGUUGAAGACGGCCAAUGGUCCCAGGUGGACAUCUCCCAAUUACCGAGCAGAAUUGAGGUAUUGGUGGCUCACCAACACUUCUUCCCUUCGUACAAGUGUCUGAUCUGUCUCGACAAGUACACGCCGCUUGCUACCCGCGUGCUCGUGCUCCCCUGCAAACACUUUUACCACGAAAAGUGUUUAAGCAACUGGCUCAUCAAUUUCCGGCGACUGUGUCCGUUGUGCAAUACCGUGCUUCAAAGCACGCUGCCAGUUCGAAGCUACGGCGCCAUUGACGACUCGUCAAGCUCGUCGUUUGCCAGUGAUAUCGAGCUGGCAAUUUCCGCCUCAGAGAGCUCAUUCGACGUCCCAUCGCAAAUUGUGGCGCCCUCUUCAGCAAUGGCAGUGGUGCUGGUACCCUUAACGCCAAGCGAUGAAGUAGCAGUGGUGGAGGGCUCGCUGGCCGAGGCUCCCACCCUGCUUAUCCCCUGGAUGGCGUCUAAGGACAGUGGCAGUAGUUCCACGCAGCAACCACCCUUAAUGGUGAGUAAGCUGGAACUGCAAGUGAUGGUGGAGCCCAGUCUGGGUACUGAACCGUCCCAACGGCCUCCCCUCGUGGCUACGAGGCUGGAGAUGAUUACCAGCACUCGUCCCCGCAUGACCGACCCGAUGCAGAUUCUCUCCCAAUUCUCGUCUCGUCGACCGAGCAACAAGCUGCUUUCGGUGAGCAUAGACUCGAGCCUCAGCCCCCCGAAAGAGGGGCCGUGGCGCCGAGACUAA